CCUAGACGCCCAAUGUACGUCGUUUUGACGUAUAUUCUGUCGAAAAUUCGCUAUCUCUUUCUUACGUUCGAUCAGACCACCGUGAUUUCCCGAACCAACUCAGUGCCCGCCGAGACCUAACGCGUGACGGUUUUGGUGCAACGGUUUGUCAAGAAGAUGGCGUCCCGUCAACCUUUGAAUCCAGAUGAAAUAGCAUUGAUUUUGGAACAGGACGAAGAUUAUUCUCCUCAAGAUACAGACUCUGAAGAGGAAGAUUGUGUUUCGGAAGAUGAUGUCAGGAGUGACUUUGAGGACGACGUGGUUGACGUCAUAGAAAAUACAACUCCAGAAGAUAGGCUAGAGGAGCCUGAACAAACUGACCCUUCCUCAGAAUCCCAUCAACUUGAGGUAACACCAUCGUCUUCUCGCAGAAUAAUAACAUUAUCUCAACGUUCGAUUCGCGGAAAAAAUAAUAAUAUAUGGGCGACAGUAAAAGGGCGAUCUACAGGCCGAACUUCUGCAAUAAAUAUUGUACGCAUAAAUAGAGGGCCUGCUCGAAUGUGUAGAAAUAUCGUUGACCCUUUGCUUUGUUUUCAACUAUUUAUCAAAGAUGAAAUCGUUGAAGAGAUUGUGAAAUGGACAAACGUUGAAAUGGUUCGAAAACGUGAAAACUUGAAGGAAAUUUCAGCAAGCUACAGAGAUACCACUGAAACGGAAAUCUGGGCCCUUAUAGGAAUACUCACGUUAACAGCUGUAAUGAAAGAUAAUCAUUUAUCCGCUGGUGAGUUGUUCAAUGCUUCGUUCUCUGGCUCUCGCUAUGUCUCUGUUAUGAGCCGAGAGAGAUUUGAAUUUCUAUUGCGAAGCUUGAGAAUGGAUGACAAAUCUUUGCGAGCAACUCAUCGACAGGAAGACGCUUUUAUUCCUAUCAGAAAGAUUUGGGAAAUAUUCAUCAAUCAAUGUAGACUGAAUUACAUACCUGGCACACACUUAACUGUUGACGAACAAUUGUUGGGUUUCCGCGGCCGGUGCCCUUUCCGUAUGUAUAUACCUAAUAAGCCGGAUAAAUAUGGGAUAAAAUUUCCAAUGAUAUGUGAUGCUUCAACAAAAUACAUGAUAGAUGCCAUACCUUACCUUGGGAAAAGCACGAAGACGAAUGGUUUGCCCCUAGGAGAGUUUUAUGUGAAGGAGUUGACUAAAACAGUGCACGGAUCAAACAGAAAUAUAACAUGCGAUAACUGGUUUACUUCUGUCCCACUGGCGAAGAGCUUGCUAAAGGCUCCGUAUAAUUUGACAUUAGUUGGGACCAUACGAUCAAAUAAGAGAGAAAUUCCGGAAGAAAUAAAGAAUUCACGUUCGCGCCCGGUAGGUUCUUCAAUGUUUUGCUUUGACGGACCUUUGACUUUGGUUUCAUAUAAACCCAAGCCAUCAAAGAUGGUUUACUGUUUAUCGUCGUGUGAUGAAGAUGCUGUAAUAAAUCAAAAUAAUGGAAAACCUGACAUGAUAUUAUUUUACAAUCAAACUAAGGGUGGCGUUGAUUCAUUCGAUCAAAUGUGUUCCUCGAUGUCUUCUAAGAGGAAAACUAAUAGAUGGCCUAUGGCGGUUUUUUAUGGCAUGUUGAACAUGGCUUUUGUGAAUUCAUAUGUUAUUUACUGUCACAACAAGUUGGCUAAAAAAGAGAAACCACUUAACCGAAAAGAUUUUAUGAAGAAAUUGAGUACAGAAUUGACAACGCCCUGGAUGCAAAAAAGAUUAGAGGCACCUACUUUGAAAAGGACCUUGCGUGAAAGCAUAGCAAGUAUACUGAAUACAGAGGCACAACCAAUAACACAAAGUUCCAGUGGUGAGCCAGAACCAAAGAAACGACGUUAUUGCGGUUUUUGUUAUUAUAAAAAAAAAAGAAUGACGAAAACACAGUGCUCUAAGUGCAAAAAACCCAUAUGUGGAGAGCAUAACAUUGACAUUUGCCGAGACUGUGUCUAAAGACUGAAUUACACUAUGAGACUGUCAAGUAUUGAUAAGAGUACAUUUUAUUAUUAGAAAAAAUUUAAAAGUAGUUGAUUUUUUAAGAAUUUAUUUAAUUAUAAGAAAAAACUUGAGAGGAUCUCAUUUUUUGUUAAAAUUUUGUAAGUUUGCUACACAUAUCUUUAAAAGCUAUAAAUAAACAUAAGUACUGAUGAAAUUGGAUUUUUUUUAUUUCAAUACAAUGUUUUUAUAAUAAAUAAUCCACAAAUAGUACAUUACUCUAAGAACAUAAUUAAUUAUAGGCCUUUAAUUACCACACGUCAUUUUAACGUAUGAUUGGGCUUUACGACCUCAUAAAUAUAAUUGGGCUUCUAG